GAAUCAGGUCAGACUUCCAAGGGACGAGAGACUAAGUUCGAGGUCGGGGUAGGCAGGCGAGGUCAGGAAUCCAGUAGUCUAAACAGCGAGGUAUCCAAAUUCAAGAGACGCGAGGCAGAGACGGAGUCGAGGUCGGAGGCAGAGCAGGGCCGGGAGUCCAGAGGUCGAGCCAGCGAGGUAUUAAAAUUCAAGAGACGCGAGGCAGAGACGGAGUCGAGGUCGGAGGCAGAGCAGGGCCGGGAGUCCAGAGGUCGAGCCAGCGAGGUAUUAAAAUUCAAGAGACGCGAGGCAGAGACGGAGUCGAGGUUGGAGACAGAGCAGGGCCGGGAGUCCAGAGGUCGAGCCAGCGAGGUAUCCAAAUUCAAGAGACACGAGGCAGAGACGGAGUCAAGUACCGGAGGUGUGCCGCAAUGAGUCGAUUCCUGAAUGUGCUUCGGAGCUGGCUGGUAAUGGUAUCUGUCAUUGCCGUGGGGAAUACCGUGCAGAGUUUUCGGGAUCACAGCUUUCUGUCCGAGAAAUUGUACACUGGAUCCCCAGAGUUUGUAAAUGGCCUUCAAGCCCGAACCUUUGGAAUCUGGACCCUGCUGUCUUCUAUCAUUCGCUGUGCCUGUGCCGUCGACAUACAGAACAAAACGCUCUAUCAUAUCACACUCUGGACAUUUGUUGUGGCUCUGGGUCACUUCCUGUCCGAGGUGUUCGUGUACAAAACUGCCCUGCUGACGAUUGGCAUCAUGGCCCCACUAAUUGUGGCAAGCUUCUCCAUCGUGGGGAUGUUGAUUGGUUUCCAGUGCAUGGCGGAGCCCCAGGAAGUGAUGGCGGCGCGCCCGAAGAAACGCAACUGAGCCGCCAGCCCGUCCCGCUCGGCGCCAGGCGGCGCGCAAGGCUCCGGGCGACGGCCGUGGAACUGAACGCAAACGUGUCCAUGAAUUUGUCAACCACGGCUGACGUUUUUAGAAGUUUAAAACCUGCUUCCUUUUUAAAAUAAGAAUGUUUAAGAGCCAAGUCUUUUUCUGCAUUUAUUGUUACAGAAGGCCUGUUUUUUUUAAAAGGUGAAAAGAAACGCCACCCCUACUUUGUACAGGUGACAGGAUUAUACACUAGUUAUUGAAAUACAGCAUUAAUACAGCGAAGAAAGGAACUUCUUUCUUCACUCCUACAUUUUAUAAAGGAGUUUUGUUUUAAACGAAAUAACUAGUGUUUUGUCCCCUGGAUUUGUGCCAUAUAUGACCAUUGCAUGAUCUCUUUAAAAGAUCGUGGUAAAUUUUAGUGAAACCAUGUACUAUAUACAUAUCAUGUGAAAGACAGCUGCUAAAUAUGGAAAUAUGGUCUACAAGAAGAAAAUGAUUAUGGUUUAAUAAAUUUAAAUAAAGGCAAAAUCAAUUUA